CGGUGAUCGCGGCGGAGGCGGCCACAACCUGCGCCAAUUGCGGAGCCCUUCAGCAGAAUUUGAAUAAAUACAUUGCUGCCUUAAUAGCUUUAAAACAAAAAAUAAUUGAUGCUGACCACCUACUCGCAAAAUACCAACAAAAGUGCGAUGAUAUCCUUUUAUGCAUUAAAAAAAAACUGCAGGGCCUUGCUUUAUUGUUGGAAAUCUCAAUUCUAGCAUUUUCAGCAGUGGUGUCGGAAACUUCUAAUAAGUGAUGGAAGUAUUUUGAGGGAAAACUGAAGUGCAUAUGCUAUGCAUUUUAUUCAUUCAUUAUGUAUUUUAUUCAGACUUCUGAAAUCUUGCUGGUGUAAUCUGCCUGGGCUUUGAUUACCCAGAGUUGCAUCAGGUAGCUAGAUAAGGAGCAGCGGCCACAACAACUUUAGUAGAAAGCAUAUGUCUUGUUUCCACGACAAUGAGAGUGUGGUGUUUUUGUGGGGAGGGGGUAUUUGAUACAAAGCCUCCAUAAAGUGAGACCCACUAAUUAUUGUAGUGUUCUGGCUCUUCAGUCAUCAAGCUAGAUGAUGACUUCAAGAUAACUUUUUUAAAAACAUUGAAUGCUGAUACUUUUAUACCAAAUUUAAAAUGCAUGUCUGCUAGUAAAGAAGCAGGGAUUAAGGGAAAUAACCCACCUUUUAUCCAUUCACAAAUCCAUGAAUCACUACUAGUUAUCCAGAUGUCAGCCAAAAGUCCCAAAAGGGAUUUCAGAAUUUUAUAAAUAAAUGUUGAACCUAAUCAAACCAGUCAACUUUGAAUUCCUUCCUUUGGCUUGUAACAGUCAUGAUCCUUAAUUCAUUCUGUACUGUCAUAGGAUUUAAUCUCCCUUCAAUUCUUCUCUCUCCCAUUUCAAAGUGAAAACAAUACGCUUCAUCACCAAGUGGAACAAAUGUUCCAGAAAAUAUCACCUCUGGAAAAGUGUCAAGAAGAGCUGGGAUCUGUAAAAGCAGAGCUGGAAGAGAAAAGGAGUUCACUUAAGAUAUACCAAGACACUCAACUGGAAUAUGUUCGAGUGAGAGAAGAAAUGGAUAAAAGUGACAGUGUAAAGAAAAAAUUAGAAAUUAAAGUGAAAAGGCUUGAAGACGCCGCAGCAAAGCACACUCAGGAAUUUAAACAACUGAAAGCAGAGAAGAAAGUACUUGAGAGGGAAUUGAAGAAAGCACAGGAAAAGAUUGAUGGCUUCUCUAACACAAAGCAAAAGAAAGUGUUGAAAAAUGCAGAGACCCAGAGUGAGAGUGAGAAUUUGGUAGCAAACGUGGACAAAGAAAAAAUUAAAUUUCUGUUGGAAGAGCUUUGGCAGUGUAUAGAAAGCUCUACAGGAAAAAAACAGAUCAACAAAUGUGAGCGUGCAUUAGAAACUUGUAGAAAGACAAAAAGAGGGCAGAAUCCUGAAAAAGUGAAGAAAUCUGAAGAAGCAUGGGGUUCUAUUUUUUCAUCAGAGCCCUUUACAAUGCGAACAUCUCCAACAUCACUGAAGAUACAGGCGGACAAAAAAAAUGCUGGAAAUAGUCACCUGAUAGAAAACAAACUUAUGGAGACUACUAAAGCGAACAACAGUGAUAUUUCUGAUGAAGACAGAUGUCUAGAUGGUUUUGCUGAAGCAGAUUUUGCAACAAGUAACAUGGAACUUCUCAACAAGGAACAGGAAGAGUUUGGUGAAAGUCUGCGAGAUGUUUUGAAAUGGAUUAGUCCUCUUCCUCCUCUACUGUCACCCAUACAGUUUUCACCUGCUACUACUCCGGACACUUUAUUUGGAGACAUCACAGACUCCAGUGAUGAUGAAAUGGAGCAGAAUGCACAAACACUUGAAAAUAUUAUGGACAAAUAUGAUGAGGACAAACCAGCAUCUAAAACUUUGCAUUUGACAGAAUUUUGCUCACAUGUUUUAAAAAAGACUCACCUACAGGAAUCACAUGAAAGAUCAAAAAAAUUAGAAAAUGAAGCAUCAGUGCUUUCGUCUGACUCUAUGCUCAGAACAUCAGAGUACCUUAAUGAGAACAAUACUAAAUCAAAGACUGAAGAAAAGCACCUAAAAGAAGAUUCUGACUUUGAACAAAUACACACAGCCCCUGAAAUAAUAUCUCCCAGUACAGAGAAACUCAGUGAAAACAUGAUUAGCAAAAUAGAAACAAAAGGCCAAAUCGUCAUUGGACAUGUGCUGGAAGAAACUAAUGAUUUCAUUCAAAAGGAGGAAAAGAAAAUGUUAAUUGAAACAGAAGAUGAUUGGGAUCAAGAACCCAAAGGCAGUGAAGAACAGCAAACCAAAGAACUGAUGUUAACUGCUGAAAAAACACCAGUGGCUUCUAAAAAUGCGAAGGAUCCUUCUAAUGAUAAAGAAGGAAGAGUGAUGGAAAGUGUUUUUGAGGACCUCCAGACAGAAUCUUACUCAGGAAAAGCAAGCCUACUCUGUGAAAAGCGCAUUGAACAUAUAACAGUAAAAGAACAAAAUGCGGCAACUGAAAGAAGUAAUGAACCAUUAAUAGAGGGAAAAAAGAAUGACAGUAAUUCUAAAUUCCUCCCCAAAACAAAUCUUUGUGAAAGAGUCCAGCAACCAGGUACAUGUACAGAAUCUAUUGAAAAGAAUAUUGAUUCUUUAGAAGCAUCCAACAAACCUCAUUCUGUAGUGGAGAUAUGCAACCAACAAAAUGGAAGCGAGGUAAAUGAACAAGUUUUGAGACCAAAUUCAGACAUUGCAACGUUAACUGAGGAUUUGGAACAAUCCUAUCAGGGCAGCAAAAUAAUUAAGGCCAUGAAUGAUGGGCCUAGAAAAAAUGUGUCUGAUGGAGCUAGUGAGGGAAUAAAGUUAGAAGAUAUACCAAAGGAAGGACAAUUAGAAUGGUUACUUGAUGAAAAAAAAUCUAUUAAAUCAACACAAGGGGAAUUAACUUGCAAAAGCAAUACCAACAAGUUACCAACCCAAGCCUCUACUGCUGAAGACUCUUCAUUGAAGUCUGAGGGAUUUAUUGAAGCAAGUCAGGUGUCACUUGAAUUACACAAUGUCACUGAAAAUGCUCCACAAGUGGGGCAUGUUGAAAAUGCAAACAUUACACCCAAGAACAUGACCACAGUAGAAAGAACUGGGAAUAGUUUAAAUAGUAACGUGGAAGAAUUAAAUCCGCUAAGAAAAAGGCUCAUAGAGAUAAAUUGUGAAGCAAGAAAACUCACUGAAGUGGAAACUAUACAAUCUCUUAAAGCAGGAUUAUGUGAAAAAGAUUCACCUAAUCUGAUACAUGGACAUUCACAAAUUGAAAAAAAUAGUGCAAUGAUCAUAAAUGAACUACCUGAUACAAAAAAGUAUGCCAUGGAAGAAAAAGGGCUGAAUUAUGAUUGUUCUGCAUCAAAUGAAGUAGCUUCAGUACAGAACAUGAGCAGUGAUACAGUUCAACCGAUGCAAAAUGUGUCACAAAGAAAAAAUGGAGAAAUUGAAUCAGCCUUUUCGGUUAUUAUGAUAGAUGAUUCUGAGGCAAAUAUGGAAUCGGUGGAUGUUGCUCUUUCCUCCUCUGACAGAGAAAAUGCUGAUUACAUUGAUCAACAUAAUUCUGAGGAAAAUUUGAAGAAUAAAAAGUCAGAAACUGUGGAAUCUGAGGGAGACAACUUGUUGAAUCUGAGAGAUAUAAACUGUGAUGAUCACAAUCCUAGUAAUAAGAAAGAUGAAGUGGACUUUGAACAAGACAAAAAUCAUGACACUUUCAACAACUUUCAACAGGCAUCAGUUACUAUUAAAAGUUGCAGUAGAGAAAACUCUGAAAUGCUGUCUUCUGAUGCAUAUUGUCCAAACAAUAUUAACAGCGUAGAUACUUCUACAGAAAAAAAAUUGCUGCUGAAUCAUGAGGAACUUCUUAUUCCCAAGGAUAAGAAUUUAGACACACGGUCAAGAAAUGAUACUGUAAAAAAUAUCAAUGAAAAAACAGCUAAAGAAACAGAUACUGUAUCGAGGACUGAAAUAAAGUCUAGAGGAAUAGAUGAAAUAAGUAUGUUAGAAAAGUCUGUUUUAAUGGGGAAUUCCUCUGUGUCAGAUUCAUCAGAGGAAGAAUUUUAUCCAUUAAGAAAAGUGAAUUACACAAAAACACACCAAGGAUGUGCAGUGUCCAGAGGUAUACCUUGUUCAACUAAAAACUGUGAAGCUAGUCUUCCACCCAGUAUGACUUCUUCAGAUGGCAUAAGACAUGAGAUGUUCCCUGGGGUCAAAGGAGAGGAAUUCUCUAAAGAUAGAAAAGCUGAAGUAGGUGACACUGGCUCCUCUACAAAUGAAGUGAUUGAAAAGACAUGGGAACAUUCAUAUGCAGCAAUAUGGCCCUGCACUAAUGAAAAUACAACCUUAAAAAUAGAAGCAUCCUCAGCAAUAGAAAAGUUAGAAGAGAACCAAACAGAAGAAAAUGCUUCCGUAAUUACUUUAUUGCCAAGUCAGGAUUUAUAUAACAAGAAAACUAUCUCUGCGAAGUCAUCUGUGAGUGAUCCAGAUGUUAAUGAUGAUACAGUUGUACUGCAUACAAAAUACCCUAAUGAUAGGCAAGUCGACUCUGAUUUACUUGUAGAAAAAUCCAUUAUGGAACUAAAAAGGAGCGUUUCCACUUCAGAAUCCAGCUCAGGUACAGACCAAAGUUGCAUCAUGGCUUGUCACAUUGAUGAUGGUAGUGAUGCAUCCCAUUACAAGAGGCAUGAUAUAAAUAAUGAUAAAGGAAGUGUUGCAUCUAUGACCAACAGGACAUCCAUAUCACCUAUCUCUGAGUCUUCCAACUCUAAUAAUAAACUACAAAAAGUGCUAUCAGAAAAAUUGGAGCCACCGGUUGCUUCUGCAAAGAAUAGAGCAGAUCAGACAUUCAGCACUUCAGAGCCUGUCAUGAUUAAAGCACAGGAAGAGAUUAAUGAUAGUGAUGAUGGCCAUCUCCAGAGCAUAUCUAUCUGUAAGAGAAAAAGGGAAAAUCAGCCCACCCUACCAGCUGAAACCAUUCUAGCCAAUGUAGAUACUUCUACACCAACUAUGUAUGAUCCAAAAACUUUAUCAAAAAUUAUGCAAGAGAUGGGUCCACCAUUACCUCCAUUGCUUCCACCUUUGCUAGCUACCCCUCCAAGAACUGCUCAACGCAUUUCCCCUGUAGCAUCAAUUUCAAGCCAAUCUUCCUUACCAUCUCCACUUGAUGAAUUGAUUUCUCCUUUACAUAAAACUCCAGUUCCUUCUCUAACAUCAACACUGUCAGAGACCCCAAAAUGCAAGUCAUCAUCAUCAUCGUCUUCUUCCACUUUGUCAUCCUCUGAAAUGUCAGUAGGUCAGAGAAGUUUAUCAUCCCCUCUUCGGUUUUGUUCCAACACUCCUAAACAUGCCCUUCCCGUUCCAGGUCGGCUGCCUUCUACACCUAGUAAUUCUGUUCCAUCUGUGCCUCAGGAAAACUCAGUGGAAAUUUUGGACAGUAUGUAUCCAGAAUUAUCUGCUCGGGCAAGAACACUCAAUAUCCUGAAAGGUAACAUUCAGUUUAAUAGGUCAUCUUCUGUAGAUGGGAAGGGUAGCCAUCAAAUCGGUGGCUUUAAAGCAAUUGCUUCCACAUCAACUGCUUUUGUAAAAACAAGGAUCAGAUUUAAAUCUGAUCCAGAGAAGCUGCUCUCCAAUGUGAAUGAGACUGGGAAAAGGAAAUUGCCAUCUGUGAGUAUGCCAAAGAGUGUCAAAAGACCAUGUUUAGAUAGCAGCAGGUCAUCAACACUGAACUCCUGCUCAAAAGAGCUCUCAGAGGGUGACCUACAGUGCAUUCCUGAUGGUGACUCACUGGACAACGAGAAUGCUAAUAAGUCAACAGCUGACUGUAAUUCAGAGUCACUUUUGGAAAUGGAGAAAACAGAGGAUCCUGAUAUGUCGGUUGUGAUUCUAGCAUUGGAAAAAAUUUCUGAAGCUUGUUUUGACCUGUUGCCUGUUAUUCGUAGCCGUGUUCUUGUUGGUAAUACAUCAAAGGUUCCAAUAAUGAGAGAUGAAGAGAAAGAAGUUGUUUAUGAACUUGCUGUUAAAAAGAAGUCCUUGGCUGAGCCAGCUUUACAGGCUAUUCUUAAUAAGCUGAAAAAACAGAAGACCUCCUUGGGCCACAAUUAUAUUCAAUCCCUUUGCAGAGUCUAUGUUGGAAUAUGCCAUCAGCUUGGAGACUUAGAAAAAGCACGUCUCUUCUGCUACACUCUACUUAAGGAAGAUUUCCCAAGGUCUGACCAGUUGAUAUUGUUUAUUGCAAACAUAUGGAGUGAAGUGUUCUCCUCUGAAAGUGUGAUCAACAAAGCAAUCCAAUUAGUAACUAGACAGCGUGCAAAAGGAGAUGUCUUGAAAUGCCUGAAAACCUACCUCAGCUGGGAAGAGAGUGCACCAGUAGAUAUUAGCAUGAUGAUCUCCAGCCUUCUUUGGGCAAUACAGCUGUGUCCACAAAUGGAAUUUCAGCUGAGUGAAAAAUAUGGAGAAGAUCUGAAAGAGAAUACGUGGCAAUAUGUGUUUGCUAUUGACCUCUUAUGCUCGUAUCAAAAGUGGUGCUGGACCCAUGAUAAUAUCAUAAGCAAAGAGCUGUGGCCAAUCAUGGAUAAUUGGAUAAAGAACAGGAAUGGCAAUGGAAGCACUUCCUCCUCUUCUGAUAUAAUCAUUGCAACUGUGCUGAGACUGAUUGGUCGUCUAGGACAAAUAGGUCUGAGAGAAGGAUUUUUUUCUGCUGUGGAAAAUAUCAGUUCUGUUAUUGGAAUCUUUCUCCAGCAUGCAAAAGAAAAAGAUGUGGCCUGGGGUGUCCAGUUAGCAGCCACAUAUGCACUCUUUGAUUUGGGGCCUAGCAAUCCAUCAAAAAUCUUGGAGGCCAUCCAUGCAUGGAAAGCAGUAAACACCAUCAGCCUCCCCCCUGCUGUUCUAAAUGGCAUAACUGAAGUCAAUAGUCUACUAACGUGCACAGAAGAACAGAAGAUUGUUCAUUAGCAUAAUGUUUUCAAUAGAAAAUGGAGGCAACUCCUCUGAAAGAGGUUUCUUCGAAACAUGAGAGACAGCAGAAAGUAGGAACACUUUCAUAGGUGUAUUCAGAAAACAUCUUGGCCAAUGUAGCCUGAAAUAAGUUGUGUUGCAGACGAGUGUGUCCUUAUAUACUAGGAGAGAAAGGGCAAGUUGUCUUCUGUACUAGCUCUCUUUAAAUCAGAAAAAAAAAAUCAUUUAUGGAAAUAGAAGUGUUCUCUUAGAUAUGGUCUUCCAGAUUGGGAGUCAUAGGCUUUUAUAUGCCAAAAGGUCUCCAAAUUGCCUUCAUUGGAAAUUAUUUGAAACCUUUUUUAAGCAAAGUGGAUUUGUCCAUUGAUUAGCAUGCUAACUUCAGAGAAUUGAAUAAGUUAAAGAAGGCUAUUCCUAAUAGUGUGCACAUUCAUCCCGCUUCUUUCUUUAAACGGAUUCAGUAAAUCCCCGGUGUUUCAAAAUGCCGCAUAUUUUCUUACUAGAAAACAAUACUGGGACAAAAGAGGGAUAUUUGUGCCAUGGGAAGUGAUGUACCGCUCAACUUUAACUACAUUAAAAAUAGAUUUGCUUCUACUGUAAAUUUCUUAAUCUUGACCAAAGCAUAACUUUAAAAAAAAUGCUAGCAGUAGCCAUCCUACUUUUAAUUAUUUAAAGGAGCCAUAAUGUGUUUCCUGUAAUAUUUAACAUCCACAUUAUAUAGAAGAUUGAGAAGACUUCUCUAUGAGAAUUUGUAUAUAUGUUAUAUUCAAAUAAUGUGUUUCACAUUUCACUUUGUUCCAGUUUGGGAAUUUUAUUAUCUGUAUAUAGAAAUUGGAAAGAAAGACACUUGCACUGUUCAAUGAUGUUUCACUUAUUUUCAGUUAUAUAUAAAAGUAUAAACACUUUUUCCUAAUAAA